AAAUUAAAAAAUAUUUCAUGGAAGGAGCAAGGCAAGCACGGUUGGAGAAACAAGUCAAUGAAAUGAUCCAUCUAGCCGGAGUCCCAGUGGAAAUCGAAGGCGUACUUCACUUUGAAGUCAAGAACUCAAAAUAUCUUGGCCUAAAUGAUGUUUUAUCAAUGAAAGAGAUGGACCAGAUGAUAUCCACCCUAGAUCCAGAAAGCAAGGGAACUAUCCCUAUCCAAUCUAUUACAGAUUAUUUGGUAAACUUCCUAUCUGGCUAUGAUCAGGACCUCUUGCACAAUGCUCUACGUAGGCUAGAUGCUGAUAAUGACGGUUUCAUUCCCUUGGAAGAUUUUGAAUAUUUUAUGAGAAAUUAUGGGGUUGAGCUCCCUGAAAAAGAAAUGAGUCUGCUUCUUAAAUGAGUCCCACUUGAUGAUCAGAAGAGAGUAAAUAUCGAAAAGUUCAUUAAAGCAAUUUGCUAAGUAGUUUUACCAGCCUGUAUAGCAAGAGUUUGAAAAAUAUUCAAU